ACCCCAGUGGCCCAUCUCAUCCUUCAACCAUUCAGAUUCAGCACACCUUUCACCGAUCCCUGCCGCAACCUUUCCUCAAUCCUAUAACUUCAUUCUAUGUGGCGCCAUUGAUCCAGCAUUCCCAUUUCCCAACUACAAAAUUAUCCCUAUGAACUGCGGUGCCAUUUGUUUCUUACAAUUUCCCUAACACAAGUCCUUACACUACCCAUUCGUUCCCUUUUCAUUUCUUCUACUUGCUUAUUAGGGCUUGUUUUCUGUCUCUGUCGCGAUUUCCUUAUCUGGGUGCAUUGUAUUUCUCAUGCUCAUUUGAUUUGUAGCCUUGUUUUCACAAAUAUAGCAAUAUUUCGUUGAGGCCCAACUGGAGUUCAUCAAAUCUCUUGAUUCGAUGAGUGGGGUUUCCCGUAUGUGUCACGAAUCUUUCCAUGUACCCCUGAUUUGAUCUGGGUGUGGACGGUUUUUGGAGUUGGGUAUUGUUUAUUUCCCCCUCUCUUUGGGAUUCGGGAGUUUUUGAAAUCCGACAAUGGCUGCUUCAGAUGAAGAGCUUUCGGAUUUGAAGGUCGAGAAUGGAGCGAAACAUAGCGGGGUUGAGGAUGAACCUGAAACUAUUGCUAUCAUGGAUGCUGUGAAAGUUUUGUUGCAGGGUUUAGGGGAAGAUAUCAACAGAGAGGGCAUCAGAAAGACCCCCCUCCGUGUAGCCAAGGCUCUUAGAGAAGGAACAAGAGGGUAUGGAGAAACAGCGAAGGACAUUAUUGAAAGUGCUUUAUUCCCCGAAGCUGGACUGCAUAAUGGUCUUGGUCAAGCUGGAGGUGCAGGUGGGAUUGUGAUUGUUCGAGAUCUUGACUUCUUCUCGUAUUGUGAGUCAUGUCUGCUUCCAUUUCAAGUGAAAUGUCAUGUGGGUUAUGUUCCAUAUGGUCAGCAAGUUGUAGGGUUGAGUAAGCUCUCUCGAGUCGCAGACGUGUAUGCAAAGAGACUUCAAAAGCCUCAACGUCUGGCUGAUCAAAUUUGUUCGGCUCUGCACCAUGGUAUCAACCCAGGAGGUGUUGCUGUUGUGCUUCAUUGUUUGCACAUUCAUUUCCCGAGCUUGGAGUCGGUCUUUCUCGACUCGAAAUCCUCAGGAUGGGUCAAAGUGCAGGUUCAAUCUGGUUUGGGAGCUUUCGAAAACCAAGAUGCUGAUGCCUGGAUGGACUUCUUCAGUCUUUUAAAAUUUAGAGGCAUAGAUCUAAGCAAAGCUGGUGCACCAGAUUCAAAUUCUCAACUUUGGUGCCCAUCUCAUUUUCCUUCAGCUUCUAAAUUCUCAACCAAAAUCGAGUCAUUAAACCCGAGAAUGACCACUGCAGCGACAUCAAUUUUGAGGUCGUUAGGUGAAGACCCUUCAAGGGAAGAGCUUCUUGGAACACCUGGUCACUUUGUCAACUGGCUAAUGAACUUCCAAAACUGUAAUGUUGAAAUGAAGAUGGAUAUGAAGAAGCUCAAUGGCUUUGCUAAUGGUAGAACUCAUUUCGAACACAACGAGAACGGUAACCUCUCCGAGAAAAAGAUUCAAUCAGAGAUGAAUUUCUCGUUCUGGUCCCAAUGCGAGCACCAUUUACUUCCCUUUUAUGGCGUCGUGCAUAUAGGAUUCUUAAGAGCUGAUGGAGUCACUCACCUUGAGAAAUCACUUCUAAACUCAGUAAUACAUUUCUAUGGUUUCAAGCUUCAAGUUCAGGAGAGAAUGACCAGGCAGAUAGCAGAGACAGUCUCAUCAUUAUUAGGAGCAGACGUCGUAGUUGUUGUUGAGGCGAGUCAUACCUGUAUGAUCUCAAGAGGAAUUGAGAAGUUUGGUUGCACGACAGCUACAAUUGCUGCGCUCGGUCGGUUUUCAUCAGAUGCAGCUGCAAGAGCCAUGUUCUUGCAGAGCAUUCCCAAAACUACCAUCGGAGAACUGUAAGGACAAGCUUAUGAUUAUGCCUAAGACCCCUUCACAACACACAAGUUUUGCACAACUUGAUCAAUAGCGCCAUACACAUUUGGCUGGAAGGUAUAGUUUAUGGGUCAGGUCAUCCUCCCAUUCAUAUUAUAUUUAGCUGUUUUAGACCAAAGGGAUCCAAAAAGGAUACCGUUUAUACUUGAUUUUGUUGGUCAGGAGCCCAGGAGUGGCAGCUUUCCAACAGAUUUCAUGGCCA